AUGAAAGAUUAUGAGGAGAUUGUUGCCUUUUUGGAUCAGUGGGGAUGUUUUCAAAAAGCCGUCUUUUUGUUGCUCUGUGUGAGCAUUAUCCCCAAUGGAUUUGGUGCUUUCAAUCUUGUUUUUCUGACUGACGUACCAGAUCACCACUGCUUCAUACCGGACCUCAAUCUCUCAGAGGAGUGGAGGAAAAGCAUCAUACCAAAAACAGUGCUAAAUGGAAAACAGGAACUAAACAGAUGCAGCAGAUACAGACUGGAUGUCGUCCAGAAUCUCUCCGAUCGAGGAUUGAUUCCUGGCAGAGACAUCAACCUCACUGACCUGGAGGAGGAGCGAUGUGUGGACGGCUGGAGCUACAGCACAGACAUUUACCUGUCCACUGUAGUGACAGAGUUUGACUUGGUGUGCAGUGACCAAUGGGCGCAGCCGUUUACCACUUCAGUUUUCUUUAUUGGAGUUCUUGUUGGGUCCUUCUUCUCGGGACAGCUGUCAGACAGGUAUGGACGGAAACCUAUUCUAUUUGCAACAAUGGCUGCACAAGCAAUAUUUACCUUUGCUCAAGUCUUUUCUACCUCAUGGACCAUGUUUGUCAUUCUCCUCUUCUUCAAUGGACUGGGACAAAUAUCCAACUUUGUUGCAGCUUUAGUUCUUGGUGCUGAGGUUUUGACUGGUAACGUACGUAUCCUUUAUUCAUCUAUGGGCACAUGCUUAGGUUUUUCUGUUGGAUACAUACUGCUUCCUGUUGUCGCUUACUUUUUGAGGGACUGGAAAUCUCUCCUCAUGGCUCUCUCUCUCCCCUGUCUGGUCUACAUCCCCCUCUGGUGGCUUCUCCCAGAGUCUCCUCGAUGGCUUCUCUCUCGAGGCAGAGUAAAGGAAGCCGAGGCUGUAAUCAGAAAAGCUGCUCGAUGGAACAAAGUUCAAACUCCAACGGUCAUCUUUGAAACUGACAGUGUUAACGAGACAAAAUCUGACAAGAAACCAAGCAGCGUGUUGGACCUUUUCAGGAACAGCAGCAUCAGAAUCAUAACUGUCAUCCUCUGCUUGGUGUACUUCGCCAUGACGACUGGCUACUUCAGCCUGUCGUUUAACUCGGCUCAGCUCCAUGCUGACCCCUACAUGAGCUGCUUCAUCGCUGCAGUAGUGGAGAUCCCUGCAUACGUAUCCAGCUGGAUCGCACUCAGAUUCCUUCCCCGACGACUUUCUGUCUCUGGGACGUUGAUCCUUGGAUCUCUGCCGCUGUUCAUAUUACUACUGGUGCCAGAAGAUCUGUUUGGUGUUUCCCUUGCUCUGGAGAUGGUGGGUAAAUAUGCUUUUACUACUGGGGCCUCCCUGAUGUUCGCCUACACCACAGAGCUUUACCCAACAUCCCUGAGGAACACCGCGACAGGGACAACCACCACAGUUUCCAGGACUGGAAGUUGCAUCAGUCCUUUUCUGUUAAGUCUUGGUGGAUACUUCAGCUUCUUGCCUUAUGUAACUAUUGGGUCUCUGGGAGCUGUUACUGCCUUUGUUGCUCUUUUGCUUCCAGAGACUUUUAAGCAACCGCUGCCUGAAACCCUUCAACAAAUGCCUGAAAGACAAAGGACCAAAUGUCCCUGCAUCCAAAAAACUGAAGCCUCAGAACCAGUUGUGUUACCAGGCAGCCCUCUGUGACUGA